CGGUGUGACGUAAAUUACAAACGAAGACGUAAAUUUCCCAAAACUGGACGUAUUUAUUACGUAAACAAAAACACCAAAAUAUUACGUAAUAUACUUACGUUAUCUUUCGGUCGCAAUAACGUCAUGUUUUUAUGUGAUAAAAUAAAUUCUAAAACUUCUGAUUAUUGUAUCAAAAUUCAAAAUUCGUGAAAAUAAAUUGAUUUGAUUCAAAUCUAAUGACACGAAAGAGUAAGUACAAGAAACAAUACCUGAAAACGGCAACAUCUUACACGCGCAUUGAAGCAAGCUGGCAUCGUGGCACCUUUUACGCAUUCGCGCCAUUCCAAUGUAAUGUUAGGUUAGGGUGUUGAUGUGAAUCACGUUUUAUUGCGGUAAUCAUAAUUAGAUUGCAAAGGUAAAUGUAAAAUAUUUGAUAAGUAUGUUAGUUAAUUAAUUUACGUACAAUAUGACCAUUUGCCUCGAUUAUUAUUUGCAGGGCGAAAUGUUUUCAUUAGUGGAAUUUGCAGAGGAGUCUGGAGGAGGCUUGGCCAUUAUUCGGACAGAGUGGUUUACCCCUCGCAAACAAGAAGCGUUUUGGCCACCUACUAAACAGUCAAAAACAUUUGAAAAGGUUCUUCUAAAUGAAGAUCAAGUAAUCGACAACAAGUGGAAGCUUUGUUUCGUUCGGCGCACCUUAUUUGAGUCAGACGAUUAUGAACGUGUAAAAAGGAAGUUACCGAGGGCCGAAUAUACUUCUGAUCUACAAAGUAGUGAGGCUGAGGUUGGAAGUCAAGGUGAUGCAGACCAAGAUAAAUUUCAAAAAAGGAAACGUGCACCUUCUCGUAGACUACUUUCAAGUAGUAGUGACGAAGAACAAACUUCAAAGUUUCCUCGGCCACCUACUCUUAACUUAAACAAACAAAUAGUAAGACAUGUACCAUCUCCAAGGCAAUUAGAGAUCUGCGAACCUGUUCCUGAUCUGAGUAGUGAACAAUCCAUAGCUUCCACGUCACAAUCUUCACACAAUGACAACAAUACAACUCUAGCUUCUUGUUUAUGUAGCUCUUCAAAAAAAAUUAGUCAAUGAUAUUAUUUUUAUCAAAGAACAAAACAAAUUAAUAAUAGAAUUGCUGCGACAGCAAAAAUUGACCCAAGAGAAAAUCCAAUUUGAAAAUGCUCUACCGGCAAAUUUUCCUGUAAAGUUGCCGGUCAAUGCUGAACAAGAAAUUCAGCUAUUGGAACAGUAUUUGACAAUACAGGACAAUUACGAUUUACUGCGUUGCCAUUUAUCUACAUUUGGUGGAAAAAAUAUUAAUGACACCACUUCUAAUAUAUUAAAGAGAGUCAUAAACGAUAGUGUGGCAUGUAGUUACAAUUAUCUGGGCACUAGGUCUAAUAAAAAGCCAUUUUCUCAACUAUCUUUAAAAAAGGUCGUUGUUGAUGCAGUAAAAGCAAAGCAACCACAGGCUGUUGAGUGUGACAUCGAACAAGUAAUAAAGGGGUGGUUGAAGCAUGCACCCCAACGUUGCAAGCUUAAAAAAAGUAAGGAUACUGUUGAAUCUAACACUUAAGCUGUAUUUUUUAACCUCAUCAAGUACCUAUGUAAAAAUCGUACCUUAAGAUUUACAUUUAGUUUAAUUUAUACUUAAUAAUGUUAAAACGACGUAAAGGUAGUGUUGGAAAAAGGCAGAUGUAUAGGCGAAUUGCAAACGAAUUUAAGGUAGCCCUGCUGACAGAUAGUACUUCAGUACAACAAAGUCUUUCAAAAGUACAAAAUAAACUGAAUUCUUCCGAUUGUCAGAGAGAUCAGGAACAUUUGUCUGUAACAACUGAUUUUGAUCUCUCAAGUUCACCUAUCGAACACAGUUCACUUAUGUGCGAACUUCAAGAGAACAGUGAUUUAGGGAUCAACAGUUCCAAUAACAUUGACUUUGUUACUACAAACGGUUUAUUGGAUGAUCAAAAUACUUUCCAAACUCAAAUUAUAGAGGAUAAUAUGCAAAGUAAUAAUGACAAUAGAGAUUCCUGUUCAAUGCAUUCUAAUGUUGAUUCUAAUAAUAUAAAUUCAAAGUUAAGACUGUGGGCUACUCAACAUCAUAUAACACACUCUGCAAUAAACGAUCUUUUAAAAAUUUUAGCUCCACACCAUAGUGAAUUACCACUUUGUAGUAAAACUCUAUUAGCUACCCCCUUAAGAACAACUACCACUAGGAAUUUUGUAAAUGGUGAAUACUGUCACUUGGGGUUAGUUGAAGGCUUGAAAAAACAAAUUGUGAAACAUAAUUGCCAUAAUUUAAUACCAACUUCUUUGGCAUUAAAUUUUAACAUUGACGGAAUACCUUUAUUUAAGAGUAAUCGCAUGCAAUUGUGGCCUAUACUAUGUAGUAUCUUUAAAUUUGAAAAUGACCCCUUUGCUGUGGGAAUAUUUGCAGGUAGUUCAAAACCCACUCCUAUUGAAGAAUACUUGGAAAAUUUUGUCAGUGAAUUAAAGGACCUGUUAGAGAGGGGAUUUACUUUUAACAAAAUUCAUUACACAGUUACAGUUCGGUCUAUAGUUUGUGAUGCGCCAGCUAGAGCUUUUUUAAAAUGCAUCAAGUCCCAUAGUGGGUAUUCAUCUUGUGACAAAUGUACGGUUGCAGGUGACUAUUAUAAUGGUAGAGUAAUAUUAAAAGAGCUUGAUUGUCCAAAGCGUACUGAUGAAUCUUUUUGCAAUAAAGUGGAUGAGGAUCACCAUACAGGUGAUUCGCCUCUGUUAAAGUUGAAUAUUGGUAUGGUGACCGCAUUCCCUACUGAUUAUAUGCAUUGUGUGUGCUUAGGGGUUGUAAGAAAGUUGUUGAAUACAUGGAUAAGUGGUGACUUACGUGUUCGAUUGAGUAAUCGUACUGUUUCUGAAUUGUCGCAGCGGUUAGUUUCAUUAGCAAAAUGUAUUCCUGUAGAAAUAAAACGUAAACCUAGGUCACUAUCAGAGCUUUCUUACUGGAAAGCGACAGAAUUUCGUUCAUUUGUUUUAUACAUUGGCCCAAUUGUUCUUAAAAAUAAAAUUGAUAUUGCAAUUUAUGAUCAUUUUUUACUUUUGCAUUGUGCUAUGCAAAUUUUACUAUGUGCAGAUUAUAUCAAACAAUUUGGACUAAGUUUUCCGCGAACUUUUUUAUAUCACUUUGUUAAACACUGCAAAAGAAUUUACACUCUUCAGUUUUAUAUUUAUAAUAUCCACUCUCUUUUACAUAUAACAGAUGAUGCAGAAAGAUUUGGAGAUUUAAAUUCAAUUUCGUCCUUUCCUUAUGAAAAUUAUUUAGGAAAGUUAAAAGCUUUAGUACGAUCUGCUAAUAAACCUUUACAGCAAAUUCAAAGACGACUACAUGAAAUGUUCACAAUUCCAAGUUCCCUGAAAAAGGAUAUCCAAUGUCAUAUGGAACAUCAGUUAGGACCAAUUUUAAAUAUUAAUUUUGAAAAACAGUACAAAAAAAUUCAAAUCAAUGAUUUCACACUUUCAAUUAAAUCACAUUGUUCAGCAGAUUCUUAUUUCAUAACUAAAAACGGACUUGUAGUUGAAAUUUGUAAUUUCUUAUACAACCCCAACUCAAACAUUACAAUUCUCGGAAAAGAAUAUAAAUGUUACCAAUCAUUUUAUAGCUACCCUAUUGAUUCUAAAUUACUAAAUAUAUUUGAAAUUAGUGAUAAAUCUGAGUUAAUGUCAACAUACAGUAUUAAUGAUAUUCUUGGCAAAUGUACUUUGCUUAUUUCAGGGAGUUCUCAAAUAGCACUACCUUUGCUUCAUACUUUGUAACUUUGUUAAUGUAAGAAUGUUAUUGUUUCUGUUUUAUGUAGGUUUCAUGCAAUGUAACUAUAGGUACUCGACAUUUGAAUAAAUUGAUAUUA